GGGAAACUAGAAGAUGACUUUCAUUGAAUCCUUCACUUGGUGAGUUGAAGCAACAAUUGAGAAAAUCUUUAGUACAGAAUAAUCUUCACCUUUAAUCAUGACAAAAUCCAUACUUUUUGCCCUUUUAAGUUUCAUUUUUAUUGUUUCUGUGAACGGUGAACUCAAUCAUCUUCAAUCAUGGCAAACACUUUGGACUAUAAGUGAAUCAGCUACUAAUAGAUUGUCAAGUUUAUUAGAUAAUCAGUUGACUCCGGUAAUUAGUUCAGCAAAAAUUUCAAGUUCCUGUCAACAAUCACUAUUCAAAGUCAUCAAUGGAAUCAAACAAUUUGACAUUAACUAUGUUAGAAUGUAUGAUUCAUGGGGGAAACUGCCAUCUGGAUUAUUAUUUGGAUCCUGGACUGAUCUAGGAUCACUUGAUCAAUGUGUAUCACUUGAGGAAAGCCAAUAUUGUCUUUUGACUGCGUCAAUGCCAUUGCCACCAAAACGUUCAGCUGAAGGUUUAUUUCGCCCAUUGGAUAAAUCAUCAUUCAAUUUAACUGACCCAUUAUCAACUUAUUUAUAUCCUCAUGUCCAUUAUUUUCACAAUGUUAAUCUAACGUUUGGCCUUUGUUUACCUCGUCAGUGUUCACCUCUAGAAAUGACAACAAUAGUUGAAUCAUGGGUUCAUUCAAAGGGUCUUCAAAUGAAAGUGGAUGUUGAUUUAUGUCAACAUCGUGCCAAAUCAGGAAAUCCCAUAUUAUUCCGUGAAUACAUCGCUUUGGCUAUUGUUACAACAGUUAUUGGUUUAAACAUAAUUGGAACCCUUUUUCCAAGUCAUCCUAUCUUGGGUCAUUUCAAUUUAUACCUCAACUGGUCCAAGCUUUUCUCAACAAACAACAAUGAAAACACCCGAUCUUACCCAUUUCUUGAGUGCUACAAAUUUUUUGCCAUGCUUUACAUCGUUAUUGGCCAUGUUGGUUGGGCUUUAAAUUACGGCUCGUUCCAUUCAAUGUUCAAAGUUCAAGCAUCUUACAAUUCAUUUUUGGGUUACUCUUUGUUACCAGGUUAUCUGGCAUCAGAGGUUUACUUUUUGAUUACUGGACUUGAAUUGAUGACAUUUUUCCUCAACUUUAACGGACAGUUUACUCUUUAUUCAGCAAUCACUUUCCUUGUGGUCCGAUGGGCUCGUUUCUUUGUUCUCAUCGGUUUUAACGUCUGUCUUUAUAUUUUAAUCUUUUCUAACCAUGUUCGUGACUUGAUUGGCGGACCUUUCUGGUCUCACCUUUAUUCAGCUUCCUCCAUACCCGAUACAUGUGCGGAACGUUGGUACAGUCAUCUAUUUUUAUACACUCACCUAUUUGCUGAUCCAGAUAAUUGGAAUCUAUGUAUUAUGCCUGAUUGGUUCCUUCAAGUUGAUUUUGUCUUGGCAUUUCUAUUUCUUAUAGUCCUUUGGCCACUAAGAAAGUCUUACAAGCGUCUAUCAAUUUCACUGGCAAUAUUUUUUGCCCUGUUAGGACCUUUGUUAUUGGGUUCAAUUAUUUAUUAUAAAUCAACUUCACCAACUUGGUUACCAUUCAACUUUGUCAACCAGGAAUUAGCCGAGUAUCUUGCUUUUAUACACUCUAAACCAUUUACACAUAUGAGUCCUUAUUUUGUUGGUAUUUUACUUGCAUUCGCAUUGCAACCAAAGGAGCCAAUUAUAAGUAAACAGAUUCACAAGCGUCUCAUGUGGCUUCUCUGGUUGGUUUGUAACUUCAUCGUUUUUGGUUAUGAAGUUGUAACUAAUUACAACUUAGUAUCACUCCCUUAUGCCGUUGACAUCAUUUAUGCAAGCUUUUCACGAUUGGUAUGGUCAAUUGUGUAUGCCUGGCCGAUGUAUUGUCUUCACUAUAGAUUUGUUUCUGAUGGUUUAUAUCGUUUCACCUGUGCUGGUUUCUUUAAGCCAAUGUCAAGAAUCAAUUUAACACUUUUAUUUAUGAAUGAAAUUAUGCUCCGAUUAAGAAAUGGAACGCAAAAUUAUGUUUCUAAUUUAACAGUUUUCGAUAUUCUGGUCAAUCUAUCGGCUCCAGUCGUACUAUUUUCGUAUCUGUUUUCCAUUAUUAUCUCACCAAUGAUUGAUGGUCCUUCAAUCAGCCUAGUUAAGAGUUAUUUUAAAAGGCAAGAGGAUUAUGACGAUUGCAUGAAAAAAUCAUCUGUAAAUAAUAAUAAUAAUACAGUAAUGUCAAAUGGAUUAGUUAAUGGUAAAAAAAAUAAUUAAUAUUGUAUUAUAACUUCUAUAUGUAAUUUAAAGAUUGUAAAAUCUCUUGUAUAAUUUAUUUCAAAUCCUGAUUCAAAUGUAAUAAAUUUCAGCCUAAAAUUGAAA